CGGCGACGUCUCCGCCGCUCUCGCACGGGACGUCGCGUGCUCCUGUUAUCGCGUAUUACGCGCGUUCGCAUUAUUCCGGUACGCGGCGCGGCGCCGCAACAGGAAAUAUGAUAAUCACCCGUAUGUUCUAGGCCUGUGUUUGAUAAUAACAUGCUGCUAAUACACGAUAAGCCGCGCAAGUCUCCAGGCUGCUUUAAAGUGUGGCACGUCGGGCGAGUAAUCGUCGGCGGAUCGCGAGGGGCUUAUAACGACGGUGAGACGCAGAUGAUGACACGUGUGUCGUUCAGUGUCGUUGUAGGAUAACCUAGCGGACGUUCUCCCUCCCGCCUCUGGCCCUCGCGCGAACGAGCGAGUCCCGUUUUCACCCGGUGUGCGACAACCCCGUCAGCUAACAUGAUUGGAAUCUAUCGCCUGGGAUUGUACCUAUUGCUAUUCAAGAGCUGCAUGGGCAGCUUGGUCAGAUGGAAGAUGCAGCUGCUGUGCUCGGAUCUGUAUCCGCGAGUGUUCACGAGCUACUUGCCCCGCGGAAAUCUCACCGGCGGCACUUACCGGCAACAAAUUCACUUGACCAACAUGCAGGACUGCGUUAUGGCCUGCUGCAAGAAGUCCAUGUGCAACGUGGCGUUCGUGUACAACGGCACGUGCUAUCACGUGGAAUGCGAGAGCUCGACGGCGUGCGUGCCGCUGUACAGGCCCGAAUUGGCCAACGGUAAUCCGCCGAGCAUGGUGCUGGUCAGACCCGUGGAGAGUAACAAAGCGUGGGGCGAUUUCUUGGAUCAAGUCAACGAGGAUCAGGUCAACGCUGGGACAUUGAGUACAGACGACACGGAGCAAGAUCAAGUGUUCUUCAACGAGCCAGGUAGAAACGAUUGUGUAGAUCAGUCAGGCUGCCUAGAUAACGAGAUCUGCGUGAAAGCUGAGAACGCCGAGGUUGGAACUUGCCACUGUCCUUUAGGCUUCAAGCGAAGUAUCGCUGGUCCCUGUAUAAUGGUGGACGAGCUAGACGCCGCUGAGCUCGGUGUGACGCAGCAAGCGAGAGUUUCAACCGCGAAAGACCCCAGCACGUCGAUCAAGCCGCGUAUGAAGCAACUGUUAGUCUCGGCGGUUUCUAAGGAGGUGCGAUUACCGGAGAACGAAGUCACGUUGUCCGCGUACACCGUCCCCGCUGAACGGGGCAGUCAGCAUUACAAUUACGCUUGGAGCCUGCUUAGUCAACCGGAGGGACACACUGGAACGAUGACGGAUCAGAAUCGCGUUACCGUUAAAUUAAGUAAUCUGUCGGAGGGCUUGUACACGUUUAAGGUAGCUGUGAGCAGCCCGAAUGCUUACGGAGAGGCUUACGCCAACGUCAGCGUCCUGCCUCCGAAACGUAUCAACCAAGCGCCAAUUGCCAUAAUUACGCCUGCCUCGCAAAUUGUGAAGCUACCGAAUACAGGCGCGGUCUUGGACGGCUCGAGUAGUAAGGACGACGAUCGUGUCAUCUCUUAUCACUGGGAACUGCAGCAAGGCCCGAUUGGGUAUCAACCCAACCUUGUGGAUACACCCACGCUUCAGUUAGAUAAUCUUAUUGCCGGAAAUUACACAUUCAAAUUAACAGUUGAGGACUCAAAUCACGUUACAAAUUCGACAAGUGCCAAUAUAACCGUCUUGAAAGUGACCGACUAUCCCCCCAGCGCAAACGCAGGACAAGACGUUAUCAUUUAUCUACCUCAAAAUACAUUGACGCUUAACGGUAAUUUAAGCACCGACGAUCGAGGAAUAGCCAGCUGGGAGUGGACCAAAAGUCCAUCCGAUCAGAACAAAGCGGUGGAUAUGCAGAACACAAGGACACCUUACCUACAACUGUCAAAUCUGGAGGAGGGAAUGUAUACGUUUGUACUUAAAGUAACGGACGAUUCUGACCAAUCUUCCACGGCGGAAGUGCAUGUGUUUGUGAAACCUCCGACGAAUAAACCGCCAAAGGCCGACGCUGGUGACGACAUAAGCAUAGCAUUGCCGACAACCCGCGCUGUUCUAAAUGGCACAAGAAGUAAGGAUGACAUAAAGAUCGUUUUGUAUCAUUGGGAGCAAAUAAGUGGACCCAAUAACGCUGAGUUUGCCACAGUUAACGAAUCUAUUACAAAUAUUACAAAAUUAACCAAAGGUGAUUAUGUAUUUAAAUUGACCGUUGUUGAUGAUAACGGGAAAGCGAAUUCAGAUACGAUCAAUGUAAAGGUAACACAAAACAAAAAUGCGCCUCCUAAAGCGAACGCUGGUGGCGAUCAAGUUGUGACGGCGCCAAUCAGCGCGUUAAUUAUCAACGGAUCACAAUCGAGUGAUGAUCUAAGGAUAGGACAAUGGUUGUGGACCAGAGAUCAAUCUAGUCUUGCGAUUGGUACUAUAGUGCAAGAUACGGAUAAAUCACCAGUCUUAAUGCUAACAGAUAUAGUUCCUGGCCGUUAUGUUUUCCGAUUAAAAGUAAUGGAUGAUCAAGGUCUGAGCAGUGAAGACACCGUAUCAGUAAUUGUAAAACCCGAUCCGCAGUUGUUGCAUUUGGUAGAGCUAACAUUAAACAUUGGAGCUAGCAUGCUGACUGUUUCGCAAAAGAAUUCGUUGGUAGUGAAACUGCAGAUGUUAUUGCGAGAUGAAGCUUCGAUCGUCGUGCGGAGUUUGAGAGCAGAACCGCACACUGCAAAGGCUGUCUUGGUGUUUUACGUGGAAAAGAAGGGAGGAAGAACAACAUUACCGGGCCCAGAAGUAGUCAAAAGACUGAAAGAAAAGUUAUUACAAGAUUCCGGUCUCUUACAGCUGUCGGUUGCCAAUAUAGAUACCGCUGUCUGCCAAAAUAAUUGUUCAGGCCACGGUGUGUGCGAUCAAGAGACAAGACAAUGCUUGUGCGAAGCAUUUUGGAUGCAGAAUUUAAUACAAAAAUAUUUUGGUAAUGGAGAUUCUAAUUGUGAUUGGAGCAUCUUGUAUGUGAUAAUAGCAUUGUUAUCGUUAGUUGUAUGUUGGGUUGGAUUUAUUUGGGGUCUUGUUUGCUUAUGUCAAAGGAUAUGCGCUGGUAGAAGACGUUUGCUUCGGCCUAAGAAGAAACCACCACGCUAUUCUUUGCUGCAACCAGAGCCAGAAGAUGACAGCAGUGCAUUUUCAACUCACAACAAGAUGGUAUUAUCGGAAUCUGACACCGAUUCCGACGAUGUUCUGUUUGAGCAUCGUAAGAGCAAAAAUGGUAGUCAUAUAAGAAACGGUAAAUCUCGGAAUGGAUUUAUCAAAGUCGGUUCUCGAAUAAAGACAUGAGAAAUGCAACGAUAACGGUGCAAUAAAUAGCGCACAGUUUGUGUGAGUUUGGCCAAACCUGAAAUACUAGUCACGAAGGUAUAAGUUGACUUAUGUACUUUAAUAAGAAUGAUCGCCUCCAGGAUCGAUAUUAAUAACAAUGUUCUAAGAGGAUAGAUGGAGUUUAUGUAUUGUUUAUAGAUACGCGAUAAUUAUAACGACCUCAUACUCUACGUCACAUUACUUAAUUCGUUUUAAGUAAUUAUUAAUGAAUUCCAUUCUUUAUUAUGUGAUCCUAACUGCGCCAACGAUUGCUGACGCGACAAAAUGCAGUAUCACAUAAUCGUCAAACUGUUCGAGAGCUUGUCUAAGUAUUAUUAUGGCCUUAGAAACUAUUUAAAUUACAGUCGAUAUGUAGUAAGCACUGUAUCAAUUCUAUAUGUCGUUUAUAUGUACUGCUUACUCUUUAAUAUAUAUUGUCAAUCUUAUUUUUACACCACAUGGAUAUUAAAUAAAAUUUACUAUCCAUA